AUGGUGACCGUCGUUCUUUCACUCCUAUUAGGAUGCAUAAUACCCAGUUGGCCUUCCAUCGACUCUAGGCCUCUUCCGCAGUGGUACGAUGAUGUGAAAUUCGGUAUUUUCUGCCAUUGGGGAGUAUAUUCGGUACCAGCGUUCAGGUCAGAAUGGUUUUGGUGGUACUGGAAGGGUGACAAUCCGGAUAAGGAUGUUGUCAACUAUGUCAAUCGUAAUUAUAAGCCCGGUACAACCUAUGCGGACUUUGCCACAGAUUUCACUGCCGAGCUGUUCGAUCCAAAGGAAUUCGCGGAUAUCGUGAAGUCAUCGGGAGCAAAAUACUUUGUUCUGACAAGCAAACAUCAUGAAGGCUUCACCAUGUGGCCCAGCAGAACAAGCUGGAAUUGGAACGCAAUGGAUAUUGGUCCAAAACGUGAUAUAGUUGGCCAAAUUAAGGAUGCGUUGAAAGACACCGACGUUCAUUUUGGUCUGUAUUAUUCACUCUUCGAAUGGUUUCAUCCAAUGUUUCUUGACGACGGCAAGUAUAACACAACAGUGUAUGUCGAUCAAAUCUCCUUCCCUCAGCUGAUAGAAAUAGUUAACCGAUACAAACCUGAUAUUAUAUGGAGCGACGGUGAUUGGGGAAGGACCGAUGAUUAUUGGAAAAGCAAGGAAUUCCUAGCAUGGCUUUAUAACACAAGCCCGGUCAAGGAUACCGUUGUGGUUAAUGACCGAUGGGGUGGUGAUUCUAUUGGGAAACAUGGUGGAUUCCUCACCUAUUCUGAUCACUACGAUCCAGGUCAAUUUUUUGAAAUGGAAAAGGCUGUUACUGUACAAAGGAGCGCCGAUGUCAAUACCGUGUAUGAACUAAUAGUGCAGCUUGCACGUACAAUCUCUUGUGGUGGGAACUUCCUACUGAACGUCGGACCAGAUAUGCAUGGAAAAAUCCCGCCAAUAUUCGAAGAUCGUCUUAGGGAGCUUGGAAGGUUGCUAUCUUCUCUUGAAUCUAAAAAAAUUUUGAUUCUUGCUGAUAAGCCUCACAGGGUGCCAAAACUCAACCACGAUAUAGAGUACCUAUUAUCUACCUCCCACUUCGCCAACUACAUGUUUAUAUCGAAUCCAGUGAUUUACAGCCUUGCUGCGGCUGAAUAA